AUGAGUAGUUUUUGCGCUAAAACAGCAGGGCUUCUGCCAAACCAUUUCAAAGCUAAUGCCGGCAAAUCGGUGGACUUUUCCAGGAGCCCGCAUCGAAAAGCUACUCGCAAUGCAGCCGACGACGCUGCAAAUUCCAUUCGACGGUACCAGGAGACCACGGCUGAGAAAACCGCACGUAACACAGCGAAAGCUGCGGCAACGUCCAUUCGACGGUCCCUGGAAUCCAUGGCUGAGAAAACCGCACGCCAUGCAGCCGACGCCGCUGGAACUUCUGCUGCAAGGGCGUUGGAAAGUUCCGCGCAAAAGCGCACAUGGCGGCAACGCGAUGCAAUUUCAACUUCCGUUGCUAGAGCUGUAGAAGUACCUACUGAAAGGCUUGAAAGGUUGCAGACUGGUAGCCAGCGCCGCCAUGCACAGCGAGGGCUCUGUAGCUCACCAAAGCUGUUUUGGUUUAAGCUGGCGUUCAAUUAUGAGCCAGUGUUGAGGCUUUCCGGUCGCAAAGACCUCCAAAUAGAAUCCAUGUCAGUUGUCUUUGGGCAUUGCAAUGCCAAAAAAUCGAUUGGAGAGUCUGCAGGUUUGUGUCGUUCAGACGGUAAGGUACAGUUGCCACCUUUUCAAGAGCUACCUGCUCCGUGGAAAGCUCUGUUGGAAGGUUCCAGUCCAGUUUCCUCGCAAAAAUCAGACAGUACAACUGUGCCUUCCAGAUGA